AUGAGUAAAGUCCCUGUUCAAGUCGAUGGAAGAUUUAGACUGGGAGAUGUUCUGGGAUCUGGUUCAUACGCUGUCAUGUACUGCGCACGAAACAUCAUAAAUAAUGAUGUAGUUGCUAUCAAACUGGAACCCAUUGUCAAUAAUUUGUCUUCUCUGCAGCGCGAAUACCACAUUUUGAAACAACUUGAAGGUGGGGUUGGCAUACCCCAUGUACUUUGGUUUGGUAGAGAGUCGACGUACCAUGCUCUGGCUCUCAACCUCCUUGGUUCGUCACUGCAUGAUAUAUUCCUCAUACACAGUCAGAAAUUCAGCCUUCAUACUGUCGUUAAUCUCGGUGACCAACUGCUCUCAUGUCUCGAAUACAUUCACUCACACAAUUAUGUCCAUGGUGAUAUCAAACCACAGAAUGUCAUGGUGGGUCUCAACGAUUUGAGGCACACUGUCUUUAUUAUCGACUUCGGUAUUGUGAAGGACACCCCUGCAUUUGCCUCAAUCAACAACCACUUAGGAGUUGAGCCAGGUCGCCGCGACAAUCUCGAAUCACUGACAUAUAUGUUGAUAUAUUUCUUAUGUGGCUCCCUCCCAUGGUUAUCUGAUUGCCAUGAGAAGCUUUCUAGUGCUGCCAUACUCGAGCAUAAAGUAAACACUACCGUUGAAGUCUUGUGUCAUGGAAUUCCUGUCGAGUUCGCAAGUAUUCUCGUUUACUCACGCUCUCUUGCAUUCUCAGAGGAUCCUGACUAUGACUAUCUUUGUUCAUUACUGCAUGGUCUUCGUGCCACAUUGCCUGCAUCUGCUACGUGCUUGCUCGAUUUCAGCAAGCCUGAUGAUCUUUCCACACAUACUCCUGCAAUCCCUGAUGAAUAUCGGGUGACCGAGGUGACACCCCCAUAUCCACUGAAGGCAACGCCUCUUCGCCUGAUCAACUCGUAUUUUACAUCCACAUAA